AUGAACCAUAAUAGUGAUGCUCUAGUUAAUUUCUGGCAAGUCAUUGAGAAUGUAUUAGAUCUGUCAGGUCAGGAUCCACAAAAUUUCACUAAAGAUGUAAUAAAUUCAAAAUUGGUUGAAUUCAUUAAAAAGUCGUCAGAUUUGUAUAUGGUCUAUUUAAAAGAAGACAGGGAUUUUUGCCAUCUUGGGCUGAUAUUAAUAGAAUCACCGUUUUUUCAAAAUAAUAAAGAAUUCUGUAUAAGGAAAUUUCUAUCAUUAUUAAGCAUUGAUAUAUUAGAGAUGGGUAUGAAAUUUCUGAUUUCUUAUAUUUUAUUAUUAGAGUGUAAAAAAGACUUAACAUCUAUUGAUAUUAUGGUAAAAUUCCAAGGAUUCGGUGUCUUUUAUAAAACAUUGUAUACUCAAUUCUUAUACUUACAAAAAUAUGGAGAUACAGUACAUGAAGAUGAUGAAGUUGAGAUAGAAAUAAUCACAUCAAUGAGAAAUGUAUCGACUGUUUUAUUGGAUAUAUUAUAUCAAACUCUUAAAUAUUCUAGAUGUGAUUAUGAACAUCUCCAGGUUAUUGACGAUUUUUUUGUAGAUUAUUUGCUAACUUCGUUGAGAUCUGAUGUGCUAGAUGAUAUGUUUAAUAAUGCAAAAUUUAGAUUGUUGUUAUCAUUAAAUGAACAAUAUAUGAUGUUCAGUAAAUCUAAAGGUUUGGAGAAUAAAGUUUUUAUAUUCUUAUUAAAAGAUGAUACACCAAGAACGUUUUUAAAUUUGAUCCUAUUGAAGUUUAACAGGAGAGAAGAUCCAUCUCAACAUAUUAUGAUGUGCAAGAUGAUAUAUUUAAUAAUCUCUACGACAGAAAAUAAUUUUGCUAAAGAUUAUUUAUAUUUGAAUGACUUAAAUGUAUUUGUUGAUGUAUUAAUAAGAGAAUUACAAAAUUUAUCUAUAAAUGAUGAAUUAUUGAGGCAUACGUUGUUGCGGUUAUUGCCACCCCUGCUACAAAACACAGAACUUGCUGAUACACAAUACAGAAAGAAUGAUAUCGAAGACCUAUUGUAUUCAUUAAUAUCUUCUAACUCUUUAUAUUCUUCUGAUGAAAAUGAGCUCCAGUAUAACUUAACGGUAUCAUUAGCAAAAAAAUGUUUGACUCAUGUCAGUUGGUUGUCAAUGACUCCAAUUAAUGAUAAAUCAUAUCUUGCAGAUUCCGAUCCAGAUUUGAGUAGGAGCUCUACAUUUAGUUUGUCUAACGCAGAUAGUUUAUCCUCAAUUCCUGCGCAACAAAACGCAUUAUACACACAGCAACAAGUUCAAGCAAAAAAUCAAGACUCUAAGAGUUUUAAAAAGCCUUUGCCCCCUCCACCUCCACCUCCUUCAAGAAAAAAGCAUUCGCAUUAA